CCCAGGGUUGAGUGAGAUCGUUUCCUGGGCAGAGCGAUUGCUCAGAACAGGGGAAACAUUGCGGAAACUUUAUCACAAAUAUCAACAUUUAAAGGCGUUUUACUCCAGGUUCCUUGAGCAAAACACCGUGGACUUGCUUUAAAAGAAAGAACAUUUGUUUAAUCACUUUGUUUAGAGACGUUAUGACACACCUCCACCAAUUCAGAGAUUUGAACCUAAAUUUUCUGGCCCAGAGCUAGGAAGACCCCGAGCGUGCUUCCGGCAAAUGUUACGACGCAUGUCGUUGACCGGAAUGCGGAGUCUUAAGAACCAGAUAGGAAUAUCAGAGGAAGGUAACUUUGGAAACAUGAGCGAUUGAUACACAUCGAGAGCAAUAGAGUAUCUCACUGCUGGAAACAAACCUGAAGAUUGAAACCAACCUGCAUUGUAGGCGGCACACAUGGAGUUCAGACCUCAGUCCAGAAUAAAGAGCAACUUUUACUCAACUUUAUACUGUUUGGUAAUAUUAACAUCACAAGUGUCAAUUGUCUGGAGUGUGAACACUGUGCAAAUUGCCAUUGCGGAAACUUCGGAACAGAAAAGCAACCGUACAAUACGGCAGAAACGAGAUAUCAUUUCCCAGGGACAGCAGAUUUUACAGUCACCUGACACUCCUUCCUUUGCCUUUGGAACCACAACCAUUCCAUGGACAUCCACACCUUUAUUAGAGGCAUCACCAAUUCCCAAUAAAGGUAGCAGUCGUGAUUUGAUCUGCCGAACUUGGGGCCAGUACAAUUAUGAAACAUUUGAUGGACUUUACUAUUAUUAUCCUGGAAACUGCUCAUAUACACUAGUGAGGGAUUGCACACAAAAUCAGCAGAGCUUCACAAUCCAGGUUCACAAUGACCCAACAUGUCAAUCAUCUCCAUAUACUUGUCAGCGAUCAGUCAGCUUGUUCCUUACAUAUGAAGGGGAAAUUAUUCUACAAAGUCAUGAAGUCAUCCACCAUGGACAAAGGGUGCAGCUGCCAUAUGUUAUUGGAAACCUAAAAUUUGAACAAAUAGCUGGAUACAUUCUGGUUAGACAUCACCAUGGAUUUUCUCUGGCAUGGGACGGUAGUUCAGGAGCCUACAUAAAAAUAAAUGUGGAUUAUGUUGGAAAAGUAUGCGGACUAUGUGGCAAUUUUAAUGGAAAUAUGCAUGAUGACUUAUACACUAGCUAUGGUUUAUUAACAGAAGAAAUAACUCUUUUUGGUAAUAGCUGGAGAGAAGACAUUCCAGACAAGGACCUUUGCAGCAUUAUUCCUGUCAACCACCCAGCACCAUGUUUCAGACAAAGCCAGACAGUGAUUGAAAAAAUAAGACACACGUGUAGGGUGCUUCUAGGAUAUCCAUUUGUCCUCUGUCAUUACCAUGUUCAACCUUAUCCAUACAUGGCGAGCUGUGCGAAUGAUCUGUGCAUGUAUGGACCUGAUAAUACGACAUUGUGUGGAGUGCUGACCGAGUAUGCAAGAGCUUGUGCACAAGCAAAUCAACCAUUACAUGAAUGGAGACAGUUGUUCAACCAGUGUGUGCCCAUUUGUGAAGGUGAAUUUGUCCACCGUGAAUGUGUGGAUUGUUGUCCUGUGUCGUGUGGCCUAGAGCAGGAAUGCAUUGACAGUGAUUUUCAGUGUCUGGAUGGAUGCUAUUGCCCUGCAGGUUUAGUUUAUGAAAAUGGAACAUGUUUGAACUCCACAGAGUGUCCUUGUAUGUUUCAAGGGAUUCCCUAUACUUCAGGCUCUGUAAUUCAGGAACAAUGCAGCUACUGCAAAUGUGUAGGAGGCACCUGGAACUGUACAGAGAAUGACUGUCCAGUGGAGUGCUCAGUAACGGGAGAUAUUCAUUUCAAGACAUUUGAUGAUCGGGUGUACACCUUCCAUGCUGUCUGCCAGUAUAUUCUGGUGAAGAGUCGUAAUUCAGGAAAGUUUACCAUCAGUCUUCAAAAUUCUCAGUGUGGAACAGAUCUAAAUGGUGCCUGUAUUCAGUCAGUGAGUCUAGUUGUUGAUGAAGAUUUGAAGAAACAGGUGACUUUGACUCAUUCAGGAGAGGUGUACCAUUGUAAUAAGUACAGGAUCAGUUUGCCUUAUAAAGAUGACUUGUUUGAAGUCUCUGAGCUCAGCUCCAUGUUUGUGCAAAUUAAGACCAACUUUGGACUGCGGUUGCAAUAUGAUAGAGAAGGGAGGCGGCUCUACAUCCAGGCGGAUACAAGAUGGAAAGAGGACACCAUUGGUCUCUGUGGAACAUUCAAUGGCAAUAUUCAGGAUGAUUUCUUAUCUCCAGGGGGAAUGAUUGAAAGCACACCACAGUUGUUUGCCAAUUCUUGGAGAAUCUCCACAGCUUGCAACCCAGGUGCCAACAUUCCUGAGGUAGAUCCAUGUGACAUGCAUCAGCAAUCUGCCUCUUAUGCCACAGAGAAGUGUAGCAUUAUCAAUAGCUAUCUGUUUGCAUCAUGUCAUCAAUAUUUGAGUCCAGACUUAUAUCAACAGCAAUGUAAAACAGACACCUGUAAGUGCGGAGAAACUUGUAUGUGUUCUGCUGUGGCCCAUUACGCUCGACAAUGUAGAAGCUAUGGCAUCUUCAUAGACUUUCGAUCGAAUGUCUCAGAGUGUGCCAUUCAGUGCCCAGACACAAUGAAGUAUGGCACCUGUGUAUCUUUCUGUAACCGGAGAUGCCAGUCAAUAUCUAUGCCAGAAGAUUGCUCUGACGAAUGUGCUGAAGGAUGUGACUGCCCUGAUGGUACAUACUAUGACACCAGAACACACAAGUGUGUGAAGGACACUGACUGUCCUUGCUAUUUUAUGGGUGCAGAAUAUUCACCUGGAGAAGUGGCAAUUAGUUCUUCAGGAAUAUGGGUUUGCUCGGAAGGUAUAAUGCAGGUUCAGAGUCAAAAACAUGAUUUGCAGUGUGGUCCUGGCCAAGUAUACUUAAACUGCAGUGCUCCUUUGAGUGGCUUUGAGACCAGUGUAGGAGCAGGAUGUAGAGAUACCUGCGAAAAUCUUCUGUUAAAUAUUUCAUGUCCGGAAUCCAUGCCGUGUCUGUCGGGAUGCAUUUGCCCACCUGGUCUUGUGAAGCAUGAAGAUGAAUGCUUCAAGCCUCAUGAAUGCCCCUGUCUGUGGAAGGGACAGGAAUAUUUUCCUGGUGACCAAGUAAAAUCAGCCUGUUAUACCUGUGUUUGCCUGCAGGGGACCUUCCAGUGCACAUUCCAAUCAUGUCCAUCAAUGUGUACAGCUUAUGGAGACCGCCAUUACAAAACUUUCGAUGGAGUUCUUUAUGAUUUUAUUAGUCCUUGCAAGGCCUACCUGGUUCAGAGCCUUGGGGCUUCAAAUCUAUCUAUCAUGGCUGAAAAUAUUGAUUGCUAUGGGAGUGGCAUCAUUUGUCGAAAGGCUAUGUCUAUCACAAUUGGAAAUACUUCAUUGGUUUUUGAUGAUGACAGCGGGAAUGCAAGUCCCUCUAGUGUCAACAACAUGCAGCAAAUUUUACACAUAUGGAAAGCUGGUAUUUUUACUGUGAUUUAUUUCCCUGCUGAAGAAAUUACAAUACUGUGGGACCAAAGGACGAUGAUACAUUUGCAGAUUGGACCUAAGUGGCAAGGUAAACUCUCUGGAUUAUGUGGAAAUUUUGAUAUGAAAACUGCCAAUGAAUUGAGGACUCCAGAUCACAUGGAGUCACAAAAUCCACAAGAUUUUGGGAACAGCUGGACAGUUGAGGAGUGUGCGAGUAGCCCUGAUACCCGUAAUCCAUGCAGCGUGAACUCACUCCGGGAGCCGUUUGCAAAGAAGGAAUGUGGCAUAUUAUUGUCUGAGGUGUUUGAGCCCUGUCACCCAGUGGUUGAUGUCACCUGGUUUUAUUCCAACUGCUUGACAGAUACUUGUGCAUGUAAUCUUGGUGGAGACUGUGAGUGCUUCUGCACCAGUGUGUUAGCAUAUUCUCACAUGUGUUGUCAACAUGGAGUUGCAGUUGAUUGGAGAACCCCCACUAUCUGCCCCUAUGAUUGUGAAUAUUACAAUAAAGCGCUGGGAAAGGGUCCUUACUCAUUGGUCAGUUACUUGGAUGGCAACACAGUGGUGGCAGCCAAUUUGUCAAGUGGUGCUGUUUAUCUAGCAAGAAGAGAAAUUUCUAUUUCAGGAAUAUUGACUCUUUUUAUGCUGACUCCGGGACUGCACUCACCUAAGGCACAUGACAUAUCAUUAGUUUCUUUGGAAGUGGCUGACAAACCAAAUUACUUCCUUCGUACUGUAUUUGAUGGAACUCUGCAGCUCAGUAAAUGGGAAGACAACAACAUUUUUCAAAAAGAAGCAACGUUUAUAUUUCACAAAGAUGCAUGGGUGUUAGGAUAUGAUGCCUUCGAGUCUUACAUAAGACCAGGAUUUUUUGUCCAUCAAAUGGGGUCCUUGCUACACCUGAUGAAAUACAAUCAUUCAGUGAGUUACAGACAUGCUACUGUCUUCCAGCUUGCAGAUGCAAAGAUAUUGUCUCCAGCUCAUUCUACCUGUCAGUGGCAAUAUGAGACAUGCACCAACUCAUGCACCAGAACCUGUAAAGAUCCCACAGGCAACAUUUGUCGAACUCUACCAAGUGUGGAAGGUUGUGUACCUCACUGCCCGCCCAAUAUGGUGUUUGAUGAAGAUACACAGAGAUGCGUGUAUCCAGAGGAUUGUAUUAGACCAGCAGUUUACAUUCAGCUGCCUAAACCCACAAGCUCACUGGCAUCACCCGGAAUAUCCACUUCUGCAGCCUUUAAUGUUUCAUUCGAAAAAUUGACAACACCUACCUUAAGUCAGUAUACCGGUUCUCUAAUGGCAGCGAAGACUGCGAAGACCACUGCUUCCACUCCAACAACAAAAACCCCUAUAGUGACCCAUCUGUCACAAGCUCCAACAUUGACAACUACAAGCGCUUCUCCAAGUCCAUCACUGAUAGGAACAACCACCUUUGUACAAAAUAUAACCUCUGGAAUGCCACCUACUACAGAACAAACCUCGGUGUCUAAUUUCACAAAAAGUACAACAUCACCCACUCAUGCAUUCCCAGUUUCUUCAACAAGAGGAAUCACCACAACAACAGCUUUGCCUGAAAUGUCAACAAUGAAAAAAACCACAAGUACAACUGAAUUACCAUCAAAAUUGCAUUUCCUAUCCACAUCAAUUGAAACAAAGCCUACUACUACAGGAAUAUUAUUGUCAACAGCAUCUGAAACUGGAACAAAAUGGAUGACUACAAUUAAGACAAUUUCUGCUAAAACAGAACAUUUACCAGGGAAGACUUCCUCUUCCAGAACUGCAGCAUCUCCUUCAAUAGAAACAAAACCAAUGACACAAAAAACAAUUCUACUUCCAAUUUCAAAAGUGACCUCAGCAUAUUCUACUUCAAAAGAAAUGCAAUCCACUAUGCUUCCUCUCUUCACCAAGUUAACAACAAAAACCACAAGUUCUACUUACCCAGUCUCUACAGUGUAUCACUUCUCUGCUGGAACAUUGUCCUUGUCAACUGAAAAGAGCAAAUCAACAACUGCAGGAGUCUUUAGAACGUCGGCAGCAAUAGUGCAACCAGCACCUGAAAAAUCUACAACAUCUUCUCUAAUAUUAGUUCCAAUAACAGAAAGAAAUGAAACAAUCACAAGAACUACCACUGAAUCCAUUUCAACAGAGAGGACCACAACAUACUCACUGAGUUCAAGAACACAACCAACAACAGUUCCAUCUGUGCCCUAUCCAGCUUUAACUACUUUAUUUACAACCUCCAAACAAGCCUCCUCAACAUCUACUGCUAAGGUUUCUUUAACAUCGUCUACCACAUUGUACUCAGAAACACCUGCCAAAGCAUCAACAUCUGUAACAUAUCCAUCUACAUCUAAAACAAGCACAGCAUUUUCUGUUCACUCAUUUCAAACGUUAUCUACAAAAGGAUUGGAAACUAGUUCAACUGUGAAAAUAUUCAAACCUGUUUCAACUCCACAGAGCAUGGUGAUAACCUCCAGUUCAACAACAGAACCACAUAUAACAAGUAAAUCAACUUCCUUACAACCAACAACUAAACACAAACCCACUUUCCGCCCUUCCCCAGCUGGCCAAAGCAAUGCUCCAGUGGAUACUUCAUCUGUUCAGUUAACUACAUCUCCAACUACAAUAGUUCCAACCUCUGUAAGAGUAUCCCCCAUUUCCAUCUCAACAUCUAAAACAACCAUUGCACCUACAAGAACUCAACUUGGGAAAACUACAGUUUUACCAACAUUGUUUAUAACAAAUGCAACCUCAGAAAUGCCCCAAGCAAAAACUGUUUCAGAGCUUACAUCCACAACCGUUUUACAUGUAAAAAAUGCAACGACAAAUGCUACAUCACUUUUAACAACAUUAGCUGCAGCUACUUCUAUUCGCAGUCCUACUGAAAAGACAAUAUCUGCAGUGAAAGUAGGCGUGACUAGACCCACAGCCCUUCUGUCUAAAGCACCACUAACAACAGAACCAUCAGUGGCUAAAGCAAAUGAAACAUCUACUACAGGAUUAGUUGUUACAACAUCAGAAGGAGUUACUGGGGCAACAAAAGCUUUUAGUUCAACAGCAACUCCUGUUGAAACCACAGGUGUCGCAGGAAAAGCAGCAUCACCUCAGCAGCUUACAGGCACCACAAUACCUGCAUCUGCCUAUUUAAACAGAACUGUUACCACCGGAAAAAAAAUCUCAGUCAAAUCUUCAAGUACUACUACCACAGAAUCAGUUCCGUAUACAUUACAUACUUUACCUAAUGACACUUUGUCUCCGAUUAUUGUUCCCCAUACAUCAGAGUCUAUAGCAGGCUCAACCAUGUUCUCUGCAAGUGCUUAUACAACAGCUUUGACCAUCCCACCAACCAGCCAAUGUGUGGUUCCAUUUCCUCAGAAUCUCGAUGAAUGCAUCAAACAAAUAUGUGUGGAAGGGCAAAUAAUGCAAAUCAAUAGAUCACAUCACUGUCCCCACAUUGUGACUCCACCUAGCUGUGAGCUCCUCGGAUUUGCUGUGCAGGUGAAUGGUGACAAAUGCUGCCCACAGUGGGAAUGUCCAUGUCGGUGUUCCAUUCUCACUAAUCUACACAUAAUUACUUUCGACGGAAGUGGCUUUGGCAUUUCUGGAGCUGCUUCGUACAUUAUUGCUUCACUGGCAAAUGAAACCAUUAUUAUCGGGAUCAGCAAAUGUCUCAGCUACCAGAUGACAACAAUGAUCCAGCCACAUGUGAACUCCAGUUUUCUAUGUCUGACAAAGCUUAACAUAACUCAUGGAUCAAACCACGUCAUUAUUGACAGGCAGUUGAGAAGGCUGAGCAUUAAUUCGAGGUUUGGCUACACUCCAUUCCGAAGAUUUGAUUUUGAAAUCGUAGAUACUGGGAAUAUGUACACAGUCAUGACUCCAGCUGGAAUACACAUACAGUGGUUUCACAAUACAGGGAUUAUGGUUAUCGAUACAGGCACAUCCAAUAAAAAUCUAGCAACUGUGGGGCUCUGUGGUCACUGUGAUGGAAACCCAAUAAAUGACCUAACCUUGAAAAAUGGCACAGUUCUUCAAAAAGACGAUGACCCAAUGACCUUUAUUCAAGACUGGAUGGUGGCCAGCACAGAGACAGGUGUGAUGAUGAGUCGACAUUUAGAGGUUAACUGUUCUACAAGCAACUGUUCUGAAUGCUUCAGAAUGCUCCAGAGCGAGACAUUUUCCCCCUGUCAUGCACAAGUUUCACCAGAAAUGUUUUGUGAGCUCUGGAUCCGUGAUUCAUUGUUUAUGAGCAACCAUUGUUCUGCUCUGGCUGCGUACGUGGCUCUCUGUAACAAAUUUAAUAUUUGCCUAUCAUGGAGGAAACCAGACUAUUGCUCCUUUACAUGUCCUGAUAAUAUGAUAUACCAGGCUUGUGUCCCCACAUGUGAAGCUCAGACCUGCCAGAACAGAAUUUUCUUUCCAUCUGAGGAUGUAUCAUGUUCUGUCCUGAGUGAGGGAUGCGUUUGUCCUGAAGGAACUAUCCUCCAUCGUCUAGACUCCACCUUGUGUAUACCUGAGGAAAAGUGUGCUUGCACCGAUACUUGGGGAUUACCACAUGCUGCUGGUGAGAUGUGGAAUGCCUCACUGGAUGGAUGCUGCAUGUACCAGUGCCUGGACAAUGGGACAAUUAUUACAGUUGAUCACAACUGCUCUUCGGUCCCCGAUCCCAUCUGUCACCGUUCUGGAGAAAUAGUGGUUAGCCUAGCUGGUGAUAAGAGCUGCUGCCCUAAAAAAUUAUGUGCUUGCAAUCAAACAGUUUGUGAGACUUUUGCUCCUCAGUGUACCUAUGGAGAAAGGCUCAUCACCCUUUACAAACCAGACUUCUGCUGUCCUGAUUACUUUUGCGAAUGUGAUCCAAGAAAGUGUGAGUCUGACAUUCCAACUUGUCGAGAGGAUCAAAUGUUAAUUGCUACUCGUGCCGAUGGAAGUUGUUGCUUAGCAUAUAUCUGUACGUGUGGUGCUUGUGCUGACAAAAUUCCCACCUGCCAGAAAGGAGAAAUCCUUAUCGUAAACAACAAUACCACUGAGAUGUGUUGCCCAGCCUAUCAAUGUGUUUGCGAAACCAAUCGUUGUCCAAAAUUUCAGUGUCCUUCAGGAAUGAAAGUACUUGAGGCCUGGAGUCCAGAUCAGUGUUGCCCAUUUCAUUCCUGUGAAUGUGCUUGUGAUACAGUUCCUAAGCCUCAGUGCAAACCGGGAGAAGUUUUAGCUACAGAACAGCAACACGGAAAUAUCACAGCUGAUCUAUGUGGAUGUCCGUAUUACAAAUGUGUAAAUGACCAUGUCUGUGUUGAUGGAGAAAGGGGUGUAUUAUACCCUGGACAGACUAUUAUGGAGCAUACAGCAGAUGGAGUGUGCUCUGCCACACAAUGUACCCAUAAUCUGGACAACAACACUGGCUUCUACCAACUCGUUGUUAGAAUGGUCAACUGCUCAGCUCAAUGUGAAAUGAACCAGAUUUAUAUUCCUCCUUCUGACCUGACAACUUGCUGUGGUCAAUGCAAGAAUGUAUCCUGUCUAGUUAACUUUGAGAACAGAACUACUACCCUGCAGAAGCCGGGGACAUCUUGGAUGUCCAACUGUGUCAGGCAUGAUUGCAUGGACACAGUUUCGGGACCUGUUAUGAUCACCUCAAAUAUUAGCUGUCCUCCUUUCAAUGAAUCUGUAUGCUUAAAGACUGGAGGAUCGGUUAUAGUUUACAUGGAUGGUUGCUGUAAAAGCUGUAAAGAGGAUGUGAAAUCAUGUCAGAAAGUGGUUGUGCGAAUGACCAUACGGAAGAAUGACUGCAGAAGUAAUAGGCCUGUGAACAUAGUCUCUUGUGAUGGAAAAUGCCCCUCUGCUAGUAUUUACAAUUACAGCAUUAACACACAUGCCAGAUUUUGUAAGUGCUGCCGGGAAAUUGGCCUACAAAAACGCAUGGUACAGCUUUACUGUAGCAGCAACUCUACUUGGGUCAGUUACUCCAUUCAAGAACCCACAGACUGUUUGUGCCAGUGGUCCUAGAGACUCAAUGAAACUGCAUACCUGUAAUUUCAACAAAUACCUGUGAUGACCUGUAGUUUGGUACUUUGUGCAAACUACAUGUACCCCAGUUAACCCAGUCUGCACUUGAACAUCUUCAUCUUUAUUUUGUUUUAAUUUUACUCCAUUUUCUAUGGAUUCUUUGUUUCAGUCCUUCACUAUUCUCUUCUCAGCUGCCUGGAAUAGUUCAAUAACUGCACACACAUAAUAAAUCUGUAUAUUUUACUCAUAUAAACUUGCCAAAGGAAUCAAGCUAUUUGGAGCCUAAAUUGUGCAGGUUACCAUUCCUCCAGUUGUUUCUGCCUUUACAAGAUUGUGUCUCUGCAAGUAAACUAAAAACAGUUUACCUGCUCUGCAGUGUUUGACAUUAGCACUAGAUACUCAAAUAGAAAAUGUUCAAUUCACUGGCACAAACUUCACACAAGUACAUUUUAUUAAAAGAAAAUCUUUUACAAAUCAUAACUACAUCAUUUCCUAAGCUAAAGAUGGAAACAUGGGCAUCUAUAUCAGAUGAAGUUUGUUUUGUACAGAACUGUUGGCUAGACAUAUCAAUACAUUUAUUAAAAUAUAAUGAAUUUUGUACUUUUAUUCCCAAUAGUUUUGUAUUGUUGAGGGCAAUUACAGUGAUGUUUACCUUUAAAUGUUUUAGUAUUCAUGAUUCUUUCAGAAUUAUAUAUAAAUUAAGUUCGAUCAAGGAGAAUUAAUGUAAUAGAAAAUGAUCAAACUAGGUUUUCAGUAAAGCUACCUGUUACAUAGAAGGUAUGUUUAAGGGAUGUUUGUUCAUUUACAAAACCCAAACA